GCUUAUCUUUCAGCUGUUUCCUGUUGCAUUGCACAUAACAGAUUUCUCUGGUCAAAUAAUAUUAUUAUAAUACCAAUUUUCUACGCUGAAAUGGAUAUGGAUAUAUUUGACCAAACGCAAUACUGUAUAGAUAAAACUAAAAAAAAAAAUAUACAUAAAUUUGGAGAGGAAUCAAAUAAUGGUCUAUUAAGCGUAGUACCCUCGAAAUUGAAAUUUAAUUUUGAUUUCGGAAAUUUUAAAGUUCAAGAGAAAACGGUAGAAAUUACGAACUUUUUUGUUAAACCGUGUCCCAUUCGAUUUUUACCAUUGGAAACUCAUUAUUUCAGGUUUAAAGAUAUCUAUCAGAGAACAUGGCUCAAUCCUGGAUCUGUUUUCAAAAUGAAUAUUUUAUUUAUACCUGAUGAAAAUAGAGAUUAUAAUGACACUUUAAAAAUACUUUAUUACAAUGAUCAAACAACGCAAAUAAAAAUUUACGCGGAAAUGGCGACCAAAUUUUCCUUUCCUACUAUUGUGAAUUUUGGACAUGUACCACUUGGUCGAACGGUUUGCUACAAUAUACCAAUACAUUCCCACGCAGAGAAAGAUUUUUCUUUCACUAUUAUACCAUUUAACGGAGGAUCGUGUGUCGAUGUUUAUCCUCGCUGGGGUCACAUAAAAUCAAAGCAGAAUCCUACAAUAAUUGCGAUUAUUUAUAGGCCUCUUAGAUAUAUAAGUAUGAAUUUUGAAAUUCGAAUAUUCAUAUCUGAUCUAUGCAAGAGUCCACAUAUUAUAAAUUUCUAUGCCUAUACUCGACCAGGUCUUUUACGAAAAAAAUUGGAGACCAUCGAAGCAAAAAUAAAAAGCAAAAUACAGCAGAAAAAUAUUAGCACAACUUUUUGCAAAGGAGCAAAACCAAUUUCCGUAAAGAAAAAUAAACCGAAAUAUUUAAAAGAAUCUACUAUGAAAUUCACAAGUUCCGAAAAACUUUUAUUAAAACAAUGUUAUUUCCCCCUUCACACAUUGCACGCUGUCAACUGUAUUUUAAAUUUAAAAAUUCGAAAAUUAUUUAACGAAUAUGAAUUAAAGGGUUAGAUUUUAUAUAUAUAGGCUUACAUGUAAAAUAUAUAUAAGAAGUAAACUAUUUGUUUGUCAGGACCGUUGGGUGUAUUUUUAUCUCAAACUAUGGAGCAAAAAGCACAAAAACUGAAAGAAUUUUUGGUAAAAGUAGAAAAUCGCUAUCGAGAAAAUGAACAAGUGAAAUAUCAUCAUAAGCCGAAAGUAAAUUAUGGAACAUCCAAUGCUAGUAAAACUCAAAUUGUUGAAAUUAAAACACAGCAAGAACAAGCUUGGAAUGACUAUAAAGAUUUAAUAAUGACCUCAGAAAAAUGUAUCUUCGAACAAAAAAAGACUAAAGAGAGAAGGCAAAGAAUUUUAAGGGUUUCUCAAACUGUACUCAUAUAUCUUAAUUAUAAAUUAUUUACCUUAAAAAAAGAACUCUUUAUAAUAAAUCUUUUUCCUCAGUAUCCAAAUUCAAUCCCAACAUCGUCUCGGAAAGAAGAGCCAUUUUUCCACUAUUACAAAAUUCUCCCUUUUCUUCAAGCGGCUCGUAAAAUUGUGUUAAGGAAUCGAUUAAUAAAGGCACUUUCAAAAUUGCAAAACAUUACACUCGAAUUAAUUAGCAAAUUUGAAGAACCAUUUGUAAAAAAUUAUUCACUUACUUUGAAAGCUUGAGAAAUAGAGCUUUAUACAAUUUAUUGCGAGCCUUGACUGAAGGUUUAACAUUGUUUUUUAAAUUUGUAAUUUACUAUAAAAUGGUCAUUGCAAAUAUUUGCUUCAAAGUUACGCGCAUUAUCAUAUGAUUUGUAUCUAGGUGGCACUGUUACAAAUGCCGCCAAAACUUAGGAAAAAGCAUCUGCUCAUGGUUGAGAUCUGACAGAGAAAAUUUGCAAAAGUUGUGCAUAAUAUUCUUAAUGUAACUCAAUAUUUUAUGUAUUAGAUCUCAGAUUUAAAUAUAAAAAUAUGUGUUUCAAUUUGUGCACACAUUUGCAUUGAGUAAUUUAUACUUUUUUUAAUAACACUGUACACAUGGAUUUUUGUUUAACUUUCAACUGUAAUGGAAAAGUGAAUUUUAAUGAUUGGGAAUUAGAUAAAAAUGGUUUAUUCUCACGAGGAGAAGUGGAGAAAGUUUUGUAUCCACAAGAUGAAUGUCUCUCAUCAGAAAAGAAUAUACAACUUUUUAACUACACUGUGCCUUUUACAACAGCAUUGUUAGAUCUAAAACAUUUUAACAAAUGCAUGAAUAUGCAAUUAAAAAUACUCAGUAGGCAUGAGACCCAUAAUCAAGUUUUAAGUUCGAAGGCAGAUGAUAUAGAUUUUUAUUAUGUAAGAUGUAUAAUAUCAGAAUUUAUUCUAUAUAUUCGAAUAUAUCUAAAUAGUAUUAAAGGGAAUUAUCAAUCAUUGCAAGUUAUAAAUGAAAAUAUUGAAGAAGAAUUUAAUGAAUUAUUCGUUAUAAUAAAACAUUUCCUAGAAAGAAUACAUAAUAUUCCUGAUACAACAUUCCAUUAUGCACCCUCUAAAUUAGGCAAUCAGUGUACACAACCAGAAUAUCAUAUGUAUCAUAUGCACAUUGAAUUAAGGUGGUUCUUCAUCUCAUUAAUGUAUACAAAAGAUAUAUAUAGCCAGUAUUCAAUUGAAAACCAUUUGGAUGAAUUUGAAAAUGUUCAAGCAAUGAUUAUUAAUGAUCUAAUUUAUAUUUCAUUAAAAAUAUUUGAGACGAUGCCUUUGACACAAGUACAACAGAAAACUCCAUAUAAUUGUACUUGUAUUCGUGAAUUAUGGCUUAUGCUUCAGAUAUUUAUUGAUAGUUUAUCUGAUAGAAUGAAAUCAAAGUCUUUUUGGGAAUAUAUUAAUGAAUGCAUCAAUAGAUUAUUGAACAGAAAUGUAUCUAAUAACAAUAAAGACUUUCUAACACUUUGUAAAAAUUCUGAGCUAUUCUGCUUAUGGAUUGUUCAUCAUCUUUCACUUUUAUAUGGAUACAAUAGUGAUGGAAUAUACUUAGGAUCUAAAUGUUCAAGGAUCAGGCCUAACUACGAGCAAGUAGAAAGAAUUUUGAAAACAUAUAUUUCUAAAGGUGGAAAAGAUGGUGAACGAGAUGAAAUUGAUGAAGAGUUAUGCAUUAUGAUACCUUUAUUAAAUAAUAUAGUUACUAAUUGGUGGCACCCUCAAGUUUCAAUUAUUUCUCUUCUUUGGGAUUGCUUUCAUAAAAGAUUAGACGAACCAUUUCUGUUACAAGUAUCUGGUCCUUGGACAUUGUCGGUUGAAAAGAAAACUACUAUGGAUCUUCUCAAACAAGUAAAAGAUAGAAUUAGUAACAUAGAAUGUAUUAAGGAAUCAAGUUAUGGAAUGUUCUUACGUUUACUUGGAUCCUUUUUACGUAUAAAUUAUAAUAACAAUGAUACAAAACAUUGGAAUCAAAUUAAAGGUCGCAUUUAUUCUAAAUUUUCCAAGGGUAAAGUUGAAGAAUUUUCAACAACUGGCUUAUAUAAUUUUCUUUCAUUAUUCUUAACAUUAGCUGUUACUGCUGAUACUACAAAUGUUUGUUCAGUAAUGUUAGAUCUUUUACCGUUAUCAAAAGAAUAUAAUAAUGAGAAUGGUAAAAAACAUAAUUUAAUUUGGAAAGGAAAACUGGCUGUUCUUCUUUUAUAUAAUGAUCUUAAACUGAACUUGGCAAAUAUAGCAUCUUUAUAUAUAAAUACGGUGAAUAUUAUAUGCUGUCGCAAAGAUGAUAUAUCUCGUAUAAUGAUGAAUAAUUUCAUUGAUGUAUUUAGUACGAUUUUGUCAUCCACCAACAUUGGAUUAGGAAAAUAUUUAUUAUUUAGUGGAUGGAUAGAUCGGUAUUUAUUAGAAUGUUCAAAUAAAAUGGUAGGAACGUUAAUGAAAGUGUUAAUUAACGUUUUCGAAAGCUGCAUUUACCUCGCUAAAACUUCUAAUACAGGUGAUGUAGAACAGAUGCUGGACGCUUUAUGGUGUUAUGUUGCAAGUAGAGUUAGACAACUUGUAUUUGAUCCUGCUCUUACUAAUGUACACUUUGAAGAUAUUUCAAAACUUGCUGUUUUAUUUACUUUAGAAGCAUUGAAAAAUCCAGCAACAGCAAAAAAGUAUAAGCAUUCAGCUACAACUUUAUUUCAGCACUUUGCAUCAUCAGUAAUUGUUAAAGACAUAAGAAUUACAAGACAUUAUUUGACAUUAAUACUUAAACAAGACCAAGCAAUUCAAGAUCUGAAGAAAGAAAUAAAAAAUUUUGAUACAAUAAUUAUACAAGCAUGGAUAAAAUGUUCCAUCAUUGGUCAUGAUACAAACAGGAAUGAAAUAAAAGUUUUACAAAAUUAUAUAUUACAAUUGGAAGACAUACAAAAGAUUUUUGAAACAUCUAAUGAUAUUCAAGAAUUUCAAAAUAACGAUGAAUCUAUUUUAAUGUUUAUAAUGCAUUCAAUGAAGAAAAGAAGCACUUUGAAAACUGAACAGGAACGAAUUCAGUACGAUAUAAAAUGGAGAUUGUAUUUCAAUCAUUUAGAAAAAUGGAUUCUUUUACCUAUUAUGGAGGAAACUAAAGAUUCAGAAUUGGCUUUAUGGAUAUAUAGGUGCAUUGGAACACUAAUUCUCUGUACUUCCAUUAUGUUAUAUUCUAAAAAUCAACCAAAUAACAUAUUCAGAACAUUACUAAAUAAAACUAUAUUGUCAGUGGAACAUAAUUUUUUAAAGAAUUUGGGAAAGAAGACGUUUUCUAUGAUACUUUUGGGUAUGGAAACCCUUAAUGUUAAAAGUGAUAUAUCACUUCAAGUAUUAAUACGAGAUCUUUUUGAUCAGUACAUGCCAUUUUUAAUAACACCAACUACUAAUGCAAAUACUUUUAAAGUAUCUGAUUCAUUACUAAAAUGCUUUAAAGAUGCAAAGGCAGAUUAUAUACGCUUGAUAUUUGAGAUUUUGAUGACGAAUUUUUUUAAUGUUUCGAAUGACAAUAUGAUGCAUAAACAUUUUUAUUUAGUAAUGAUACUUUUACAAAAUCUGCUUAAAGAUGAAAUAAAUUAUGCAUGUCAUAUAGUAGAAUCCAUUAUUGUAAUUUGUACAUCAUAUAUUAUUGGAUGCUAUGUAAAAGUUCAUGACCAUCAUCCACAUAAACAACAGACUAUUGACUUUAUAAAUAAUAUUAUUAGAAAUAGAUAUUACAAAGAGAAUAAUUCUUUACAGGAUAAGUUCUAUAAUAUAAUGUCUAGUUCUGUUAAAAAGUCACUAAUAAUAAAUCAGCAUAAUACUUUCGAACUUUUACGUUCGAUUUUACCAAUAUCGACUGAAAUGGUACAAUUUUUAUCACCAGAACUUGAAUAUACUUUAAAUGAUUUGGAAAUCCAUCGACGCCCAAAUGCGGCAUCUUUUAGAUACUGCUGGAAUCAGCUUCGAAAUCUUAUGAAAAGCAAUAUGACAAAUCACUAAUAAGUUUAAAAAAUUUAUUAAUAAAUGUCUGAGAGUAUCAUAAUGAUACUUUCUUAUUAUGCUAC